GUGUGUAUUAACACAAAGAAGAGGCAGGCAGCGGCUGCGGACCUGCAGUCUUCCUCUUCCGAUCGGCGUGACGGCGUCGACCUCAAUAACGCACGCGACACAGCGACUGCAACGAGCAGCAGGGCACGGGCGCGACCGCGGGAAUCGUUAGUUUGGGCGGCCUCGUCUCGCACCAAUCGCCGGCGCGACCGCGGGAGGCGGGAGCGAGCCGCCAUGGAUUCGGCUCGGCCCAGCAGGAUGCCCAUCAAAUCGCACCGCCCCGACUGGAAAUCGGAGCUUAGGACAAAUUGCCUGCAAAGAGUUAAAAAGGACAGGACCAACUUGCUCUGGAAGCUCAGGGCCCAAGGGCGGCUGCCUGCCAAUGACAUGAAAAAGGUCGAAUCUGCAGUUAGGAACAUUAUCUCUGAUGAGAUAGAGAAACUCAAACAGUCAAAUGAAGGACAAGAGGACCAAGAAAUGGAUGUGAUCUGGGAAUAUCAAGGGCCGCAGGCUGCUAAACCUGCUGUAACUGAAAGUGUAGAUAUAUUGCUUGAAAUGGAACGACUUCUUUAUGAAGAUCUUAGAGAAGAACUAAUCAGAAAAGAACUAGUGGCACUUGAUGAGGAAGAUGCAUACUUAGCUCAAGCUGUUUUUGAUCAUAUGCAACUAAGUGACAAUGGGGUUGCUGAAAAUGCUAAGGUCUGGUGCCCAGUAUGCAAACAAGGAGAGCUACGGGAUACACAUAACCUCAUAUAUUGUACUCUCUGUAAGCUACGGCUUGAUCUUGGUGAAGAUAAGAUAACGCUGGAGUUCCUAAGAGAACGAUUGGCUAAUGCACAUACGGAGCACUUUGACAGAGGAUGUAAAUCAGCACCCACGUUCUGUUUACAGACUAUGUUUGGCCUGACUGCACUCUACAUGCAGUGUGAAGAAUGCAGCACUUUUGAUAUUGUGGUAUAAGUGAUAGAAACCUGACGUACGUCUCAAAGGACAGAAAGGUUGAAAACAGUUGCCUGAAGUUAUUUCGUUGUUUCCUGUUAGAUGAGCUGUUUAACUUAUCCUACAAGAUGGCUGUACAUCAGAAAGGCGGCACAACAGUUUUUCUUCUCAGUGCCAGAACACAUAUAUGUAGUCUCAUGUAUGUCGAGCAUGUUUUAAUAUCGCCACUGGUUUACAGUGCACUGUAAAUAUACAGUUGACUAGUCAACAUUUGUUGCUAGCGUAUUUACUCGAAAGUCGAAACUGUGGGUACAUUGAACCGGUACUAACAGAAAUGCACUUUAAUUUUAUGUUUGGAGCUUUGGGUUUUCUUUUUUACAAUGCCAAAAAGAAGAAAUUAAUUUGCAGUUGCAGUUUGUGCAAAUGCAUGUUAAUUGUCUGUUCAUUGUAAAUAAUGUUAGUAACAGAAGUUCUGAA